GCCAUGGCUAGAGUCCAUGUGCCAUCGCACAAGCGGACAAGCGAUGAUUUCGAGGAGGACAUCGACGGUGAAAGUGCUGAUGACGCUCAAGCAGCAAGAGCGAAGAGACCUAGAGUAGAGCACAGUGACGAAUCUGAACCACCUGAGACUCCAGUCCUUCCUGAAAGCUACCGGUCCCGGUCACGAGAAAAUGACGGACCCAGCGGCGCGCCGCUGGAGCAUCAGCCCGGCUCGAUUGUGCGCGUCAAGCUCACCAACUUUGUCACAUACACCGCAGCGGAAUUCAACCUGGGCCCAAGUCUGAACAUGAUUAUCGGCCCCAAUGGCACAGGAAAGAGUACAUUGGUCUGCGCGAUAUGCUUAGGUCUGGGCUGGGGUCCGCAACACUUGGGGCGAGCCAAAGAGUUGGGAGAGUUUGUGAAGCAUGGCGCUCGGGAGGCGGAGAUUGAAAUUGAACUUGCGGGCGGACAACAAACUCGAGGCCGCAAUCCCAUAAUUCGACGGCUGAUCAAGAAGGAGGGCAACAAGACGAGUUUCUCACUGAACGGCUCUCAGUCAACCGCAAAGGAGAUCGCUAGGCUAUGCAAGUCCUUCUCCAUUCAAAUCGACAAUCUUUGCCAAUUCCUUCCCCAGGACCGUGUGGUGGAAUUUGCUGCGCUCAGCCCUAUCCAGCUCCUCGAACACACACAAAGGGCGGCUGCACCGGAACAGAUGAACGAAUGGCAUGCACAACUGAAGCAAAUGCGUUCCGACCAGAAGCAAAAACAAGCCACCACGGCGGCUGAACGGGAAACCCUGGCGAACUUCCAAAACCGCCAAAACGCACAAAGAGCUGAUGUCGAACGGUUGCAAGAGCGUCAGACGCUAGUCGCUAAGGUCAAGGCAUACGAGAAUCUGCGGCCGCUCGUCCACUACCGUGUGAUACGGACUCGGCAUGAUGAAGCCAAACAAAGACAGAACGAUGCCCAGGCGGAGCUCCGUGAGCUCGAGCAGGAAGUCGCGCCGAUUUUGUCAGCAUUGAAGGAUAAGCAAAAAUACCACCAAGAAGUCACAAAAGUUGCCGAACAGCGGAGGAAAUUGGUCCUGGGUGCCGAAAACAGAGCAGGAAAGCUGCAAUCAAAGCACAAGGAACUUCACGGCGCGCUCGAAGACCUUGACAAAGAGAAAGAAACGGAACGCAACGCCGACAAUGAGCGAAAGGCGGAGCUCAAAAGGGUUGAUGGUAGUAUCAGAACCAUCCAGAAUCAGAUGAAACAUGAGCCACCGGAGUUUGAUGCGGCUGCGUUCAACGAAAGAAUUAGAGAGCGAGCUCGUGCAAUCCGCGAUCUCGAGGCUCAGGAGUUUGAUGAGAGACAGAAGAGACAGGAGCAUGAGCGGCAGCUUCAACCCAAGGAAAGCCAGAGACAUAGGUUGCACGCUGAACGUGAGAACCUCAAGUCGCAACAAGGACAACAGGCGAACAAGCUCAGAGGUAUUUCGAAAGACACUGCCGUUGCGUGGGAGUGGAUUCAAAACAACAAGCAAAGCUUGAGAGGUGAGGUAUUUGGUCCGCCUAUCAUAUCUUGUUCCGUUCAAGACCCUCGCUAUGCUAGCGCUGUGGAGACCUUUAUGCAAAAGGGCGACUACCUAGCUUUCACUUGUACCAACAGGCAAGACUUCAACAUGCUGGGUAGGAAGUUCAGUCAAGAGAUGAACCUGCGCGAUUUUCACCUCAAGGAAGCCAUCAAACCCAUGAGUCAUUGGCGAGGUCAGGUUUCUAACGAACACCUCCAGCAUUGUGGUCUUAGCGGCUGGCUUAUUGACUUCAUUUCCGGACCGGAGCCUGUUCUUUCGGCCCUUUGUGACACCAGAGGCAUUCAUAGAACAGGCGUCACACUGCACGAACACAAUGAUGAGCAGUACGAAAGACUACUUCAGAGCCCUAUCUCCCAAUGGGUUGCUGGCAGGGCUGCGUAUAGCGUUUCCCGGCGUAGGGAAUAUGGUGCAGGCGCGGUGUCCACGACCGUCAGAGAGCUCAGGGCCGCCAUGUACUGGACAAACCAACCCGUCGAUACCGGAAGGGACAGAGAGCUGGUUGCUAAGACUAACGAAAUCAGCCAUGAUCUGGAAAUGCUUCAAGGGGUUAUAAACGAGUGCAGACAGAAGGAGACAGAGCUGAGACAGCGGAAAUCGGAGGCUCAACACGAGAAGGAUUCUAUUGAGCACGAGAAGAACGCUCUUCAGAAAGCCAGAGCGGAUUUUGAAGGGCUUCACACGAGAUUGGAAACUCAGAUGACGAAACGCGAUAGUCUCCGGGAGCGUGGUGCAAGCACUAGACGACGUCUCUACGACAUCGAGGCCAAGGCUGACAAUAUGGCGCUGAGGAAGAGUCAAGCUGCUCUUGAUUAUUCGACCUCGGUUCAAAUGCUACUUAAAGUGUACAACGACAUGCUGGAAGUGGAACUCAUUCGUGCAGAAGCUCAAUCAGAGGUCGAGAUUCUGGAGGCUCGCAACGAAGACGUCACACAAACGCUGGAGACUCGAAAGCAAGAAGUCAAUGCCCUGAAACAAGAGGUUAAGCAAAUCAGAGGCCAGGCCAGACGCUUGGUUGAAGAAGUCAAGCGCAUUCAAGAAGAGAGGAGCGAGGAAGAGGAAGAGCUGGUACAGGACAUUCAGGAGACGAUCAGCGAAGAGGAUCUGGAAAGCGAGAUAGAGUCUUUCAGAGGACGGCUCGGAUUGUUGCAUGACGGAAAUCCUCAUGUCAUUGCACAAUACGAAAAGCGUGCCAGAGACAUUGGCAAGCUCGAAGACAAGCUGCGUGGAAUGGAUGCGGAGCUCGAAGAGCUGCAGCAAGAGAUUGAUUCCAUCAAGGCUCAAUGGGAGCCGGAGCUGGAUGCGCUCGUGCAGAAGAUCAGCGACGCCUUCUCAUUCAACUUCAACAAGAUUGGAUGUGCCGGUCAAGUCGGGAUCUACAAGGCCGAGGAUUUCGACCAGUGGGCCAUUCAGAUCCAGGUCAAGUUCCGUGAGCAAGAGCAGCUUUCUUUGCUCGACAGCCACCGACAGUCCGGUGGUGAGCGCGCGGUCUCGACCAUCUUCUACCUCAUGGCUCUGCAGUCAUUGGCGCGUUCGCCCUUCCGCGUAGUUGACGAGAUCAACCAGGGUAUGGAUCCGAGAAAUGAGCGCAUGGUACACGAGCGCAUGGUGGAUAUCGCUUGUCAGGAGCACACUAGCCAGUACUUCCUCAUCACGCCGAAGCUGCUGCAUGGACUGCGCUUCCACCCGCGCAUGAAGGUGCACUGCAUCGCGUCUGGCGAGUACAUGCCGGAGGACUACCGGCGACUAGACUUCCGCAAGCUAAUGGACACGGCGCUGAGGGUGCGGGGAAAGGCUUAGUUGUUUUAGGUGAAGGCGUGGGCGUUUACUGAGGAUGGCGGACGGUCUGGGUAUUCUGUUGGGGCAGGGUGGCGCUGCUUGGCGUUGAAACGAAAGCUUACAUACUACAUGGCAUCGAAGCCCUGAAGCUCAGGGACGUAUGAAUAUGACC